UAUCUGCGCUGGCGUCACACAUUCAGAGGGUGGCUAUCGAGAUAUACUUGCAAACGUGUAAAAGCUGCGAGCUCAAGAGAGCACGGCCAAGGGACAAGACGGUCACGCGGCCAAUUCUGACUGAUGACGUUUCAAGACGAGCGCAGAUAGACCUCAUAGACUGGACUAGUGAGCGAUCAGCUGGAUUUGGGUACAUCUUAAACUUCCAGGAUCACUUGUCAAAAUUUGUGAUUUUACGCCCACUGAAGAAGAAGACUGCUCAAGAGGUUGCAUACCAUCUCCUGGGCAUUUUUUGUCUGAUCGGUGCACCGAACAUUAUACAAUCUGAUAACGGUGCAGAGUUCCGGAACGCCUUGCUGGACGACCUGAAGCUGAUGUGGCCACAGCUGAUGCUGGUGCAUGGAAGACCGAGACACUCACAGUCACAGGGAUCAGUGGAGCGCAGCAACAGAGUGGUGCAGGAGAAGCUGAGGUGCUGGCUGUCAGAAAACCCUGGCUGCAAAUGGCCUGAGGGCCUCCGAUUUGUUCAGUGGGCGAUGAACACGCAGGUCCACGAGGGAAUCAAAAGGACCCCUUUCGAAGCGACCUUUGGACAGAAACCUCAUCUCGGACUUCGCGACUCCAAAAUUCCCAGGAGCAUCGCAAAAACCCUGAGAACUCAGCAGGAGCUCGAAGAUCUCGCAGCAGCAGGACCGUCUCGUCGCGACGACUCACCGCCAGUCAGUGGGGACUGCCCGUCGGUCAGCAGGCCGCUGACCUCGCCGACUGCAGCGAGGCAGCCACCACCGGGAACAGGUUCGCCGUCAUCGUCUCCGUCAUCGUCUCCGUCAUCGUCUCCGUCAUGGUCUCCGUCAUCGUCGCCGGUCAGGGAGUCGCUGCCACCGUCGCCGGUCAGGGAGUCGCUGCCACCGUCACCGGACAGGGGAUCGCCGCCACCGUCACCGGACAGGGGAUCGCCGCCACCGUCACCGGACAGGGGAUCGCCGCCACCUCCACCGGACAGGGAGUCGCUCCCACCGUCACCGGACAGGGAGUCGCUCCCACCGCCACCGGACAGGGAGUCGCUGCCCCAGCCGCCGGACAGGGAGUCGCUGCCCCAGCCGCCGGACAGGGAGUCGCUCCCACCGUCAACGGGAAGGGGAUCGCCGUCGCCGUCACAGUCACCGAACAGGAGGUCGCCGUCAUCUCAGCCCACGCAUCAUCCAACGUCUGGCUCGGCUGAGCCGCAGCCAGGACCUAGCGGCCUGCAAUGUGUCUCCUGUGGGCUGCGGGUACAGCAGGGGGACAGCUCCUGCAGGCUCUGUCAAAAAGCAAAGUCAGCGAAACGUCACCGCAGAGAGGCAUCAGCAGCGCAACAGCAGCAGGCGGCCAAGAUGCUGCGUAGAUCGCGGCAGUCUCGCCUCCUUGUCGGCCAAACCGUGAGGCUCGGCAUACCCGACGUAGACCGUGCCAGGAACCAGCCACCAAACAUUUUGGCAAUUAUAACUGAGGUUCGCGAAGACGGAUACACCUUGGGUACAGAGUACGGUCGCCUUUCCGGAGUUUACAGUCGUGCGUCACUCACUCCAUCAGACGUCGACUUUCUCACGCCAGAGUUCAUCCCGGAUGGCGAACCGGUGACAUUGAGGGAGGCAGCGCGGCGUGCGUCGGGGGGCACCGGUCAAGGGAUACUCAAGUGCACCUGCAAACGUGUGUGUCGUGGGCGCUGCAAAUGUGUCAGCAGCGGACGGAUGUGCUCCUCGCGUUGUCACAAGAGCAGAACGUGCAAUAAUAAGUAA